UGCUAUUUGCAUGUCAUGACAAUGCCUUUUCAUUUGGAAAUGGUCAUUGAAUAAACUAUAGGCUAUGGUCAAUGUCCACGACGUUAAUGAAGCUUUUAGUAACAGGUAGCAGCCUACUUCUAGAUACAGGCUUUUGCACUGUAACGAAGGACACAAUCACAAUUCUAAACUUGCUAUUCCUCUCAAUUUGCUAGGUUAGCCGCCGAAAUAUCUUGCACUUUUUUGACGUCGACACACGCUGUCGAUACCUUUUUAAGGGCUUGGCUGUUUCCAGUCAGUUGUGACUUGUAGCUGCACCAAAGCAAACGCCUGCACAUUCACAGCCAAUUUCACCACUUGGGCUAUAGGCUACUGCAGCAGUGGAAUUGAGAGUAGGCUACUAGUUUGUAUCGGGUCCGAUAUUUGCAACUGGUGAUACUUAUUGCCAUGAAGGAUUUAAUUCGUUUUAUUAGCACAGUUGGUAUGGCUUGGACGACUUUUCUCAGUGCCAUUUAAGAUACGGUCGGACUGAUCGCCGUGAAACUCCACAUCUUCAGAUUCUGCUUAAUUUGUUAGAUACAACGGGUGACAAGACACGAACAUGGAUACCACUGUGAAUUCAGGAAGAAAUUCCGAGAAAUCUCACCUCGUGCACGAGAUGAAUGCCAAAAUGUAUUCACUGAAAAGUUCCUCUUCAGACUCCAAAGAAGACUAUCCCAACUUCCCACUUGAGAAGGAAGAUGUGGCUGAUGCCAUUAAGCUGAAGCAGCCUGUUGGCGCCCAUUGCCACGAUAACAAAGCAGUGAGUGAGGAGAACCAUGACAUGCUGCUGGCUAAGAAGAAGCUGUACAUCGCCUCCAUUGUGUGCCUCAUCUUCAUGAUCGGAGAGAUUAUAGGUGGCUACCUGGCCCACAGUUUGGCUAUUAUGACAGAUGCAGCUCACCUCCUGACUGACUUCGGCAGCAUGAUGGUCAGCCUGUUCUCCCUGUGGAUCUCCUCUAGACCACCCACCAAAACCAUGACCUUUGGAUGGCACCGCUCAGAGAUCCUAGGAGCGCUGGUGUCAGUGAUGUCCAUCUGGAUAGUGACUGGGGUGCUGGUUUACCUGGCCAUUGAGAGGAUAGUCAAGAACGACUUUGAGAUCAACAGUCAAGCGAUGCUCAUCACCUCCGGUUGUGCCGUCAUAGUAAACAUCAUCAUGGCGUACAUCCUCCACCACUCCACCACCUUCCAUGCCCAGAGCUCAGGCUACCAGCAAAUAGACGAGAACGGGCAGAGCCCUUUGGGUCACAGCCAUUCCCAUGUGGGCCACUCCCACACCCUGCUGGGUCAUGGCCAUGGCAACACCAGUGUGAGAGCAGCCUUCAUUCACGUGUUGGGAGAUCUCCUACAGAGUGUUGGGGUCCUAGUGGCUGCCAUCGUCAUCUUCUACAGGCCUGAAUACAAAGUAGCAGAUCCCAUUUGUACCUUCCUCUUCUCUGUGUUUGUCCUUGGGACCACCAUCACCAUACUCAGGGAUGUUUUCAGGAUACUCAUGGAAGGGGCUCCUAAGGGAAUAGAGUUUAACUCGGUGAAGGAGGUGUUGCUGUCUCUGAAGAUGGUGAAGUCUAUGCACAACCUGCGCCUGUGGGCCUUGACCGCGGGACAGACCCUGGUCUCUGUCCAUGUAGCCAUCGAGGAGAAUGCCGAUCCCCAGAGUGUCCUUAAGGAGGCUACAGAGAUCCUCCAAACCAAGUUUGGUUUCUACAGAACCACCAUCCAGGUGGAACCCUACUCUGAUGACAUGGCCUACUGCACACACUGCCAGGAUCCCAUGGACUAACAGCAGUGGAGGCUGCUGAGGGGAGGACGGCUCAUAAUAAUAU